AUGAGUCGGAGCCGAUUUGACGGCAAGUGGUUUGGCAGCUCUGGCAGACUGUGCUUGGGCCGGAUGAAGGUUAUCAACGUCACUGACAUUUCAGUGGGAUAUGGCUUAUCUUCUGCUUGUGACGCCCUCAUCUCCCAGACUUAUGGGAACCGGAACCUGAAGCACGUGGGCAUCAUCCUGCAGAGGGAUGCACUCAUUCUGCUCCUCUCCUGCUUCCCCUGCUGGGCGCUUUUCCUCAGCACCGAGCUGAUGCUCCUGCUCUUCCAGCGGGACCCGGCCAUGUCCAGGUGGUCCUUUGAGUGUCUAGAGGACUGGGCCUCCUUUCUUCAGCUGGCCAUCCCCAGCAUGCUCAUGCUCUGCAUCAAAUCGUGGGCCUAUGAGAUCGGGAGCUUCCUUAACGGUCAUUGUAUGCUUGGCAUGGUGGAGCUGGGAGCACAGUCUGUUGUGUACGAACUGGCCCUCAUUGUGUAUAUGAUACCUACAGGCUUCAGUGUGGCUGCCAGCAUCCGGGUUGGAAAUGCACUGGGUGCUGGGAACAUUGAGCAGGCAAAGAAGUCAUCUGCUGUUGCCAUGGUGAUCACAGAGCUCUUUGCUGUCAUCUUUUGUAUCCUGUUGUCAAGCAGUAAGGAUUUCGUGGGAUACAUUUUCACCACCGACAGGUCUGUGGUCAGGAAUCAUUAUCUGUGCAGUCUCCCAAGCUGCGUGUUUUCUAGGCUUUAUUGCUCCGCUAAAUUGGAAGAAAGCCUGUCAACAGGCAUACUCCCCAGUAAAACCGUUACCCCUCCACCUCCAUCAGAUGAGAUUAACCCAGCUGUGUCUGAAGAGUCUUUGGCUGAGAUAGUGCAUGGGACAGAGCCUGGAGCAUUGCCUGAGGACCCUGCACCUAUUUCCCCUGUCGCCGACCCCCCGUUGGGCUCCGGCCGGCGGCAAGGGCUUGACUAUGGACCCGGAGCGGGAGGCAUUGCCCCCCACGGGGUGGCCCUGGGUGCUGAGGAAGGCCGCCUCCGCCCCUCCCGCGCCUCGUCUUGCGGGCACCCGACACGGAGCCCCUUCCUGCGCCUGCACGGAGACCCCAGCCACAACCGGGACCCCCGCGGCCUUCCGGGAGAGCCUCCCCGCCGGCGAGGGGGCUGCCUGUCGAGACUGCGCGGCGCGCUGCCGCCCGACCUUCGGCGGGAGUCGGCCGCGCUGGCGGCGCUCGUGGGCCAGGUGUUCCUUGCACAGUUGAUGAUCUUCUGUGUCGUCAGCUCCGUAUUCUGUGGGCAUCUAGGGAAAGUCCAGCUGGAUGCUGUUACACUUGCCGUAUUGAUUGUGAAUGUUACUGGGAUUUCAGCUGGAACAGGUUUAGCCUCAGCUUGUGACACACUAAUGAGCCAGUCCUUUGGAGGCAAGAACCUAAAACAUGUAGGGGUCAUAUUUCAAAGAGGAAUCCUCAUUUUGAUGCUGUGCUGCUUUCCUUGCUGGGCCAUCUUCAUCAACACUGAGUGCAUCCUCUUGCUCUUAAAACAAGAUCUUGAAGUCUCUAGGAUAGCCCAGGUUUAUGUGAUGAUUUUUAUUCCUGCUUUUCCGGUAACAUUCCUGUUCCACCUGCAGACAAGAUAUUUACAAAGUCAGGGCAUCAUCUUGCCUCAAAUUAUUACUGGGAUUGCAGUGAAUGUCAUCAACCUGGGCAUGAAUAUCCUUUUGCUCUAUGUCCUGGACCUUGGGGUGGUAGGGUCUGCUUGGGCCAACACAGCUUCCCAGUUCUUCCUGUCUGCUUUUCUUUUCUUGUAUGUACGAUAGAAAAGAAUCUACGUUGACACCUGGGGAAGUUGGACUAUGGACUGCUUCCAGGAAUGGGGCCCCUUCAUCCAGCUGUGUAUUCCUAGUAUGCUUAUGGUAUGCAUUGAGUGGUGGACCUUUGAGAUUGGAACUUUCCUUGUAGGACUGAUUAGUGUGGCAGAGCUCGGAGCCCAGGCUGUGGUUUAUCAGCUGUCCUCUGUGGCCUCCAUGGUGCCCCUUGGCUUUGGUGUGGCAGCCAGUGUCCAAGUGGGCAGUGCCCUGGGGGCAGGGAAUGUGGAACAGGCAAAGCACUCCUGCAUCACUGUUCUUCUGUGUGCAGGUAUUUGUGCGCUUGUAGUGGGUGCCUUACUUGCAGCUGUGAAGGAUGUGGUUACCUAUGUAUUUACCAACGAAAAAGAUAUAAUUUCCCGUGUGAGUCAAGUGAUGCCUAUAUUUGCUCCCUUUCAUCUAUUUGGUACAAUCGGAGGCACCUGUAGUGGAAUCUUGAGAGGUACAGGAAAACAAAAGAUUGGUGCUCUCUUGAAUGCCAUUGGUGGUUAUGUUUUUGGUUUGCCCGUCAGAGUUCUGAUGUUUGCUGCUAAACUUGGGAUAAUAGGACUCUGGUCUGAGUUGGUAAUUUGUGUCUUCUUUCAAGCGCUUUUCUAUUUGGUAUACAUUUUGAGGACAAACUUGAAUAGAGUUGCAGAGCAGGCACAGGUUCAAGCUGGGCUAAAAGUGAUUACGGAGACCAUACCUACCAUAACAGAACUACCUGUCCUGGAAAGAGAAGUAGUCGAUGGAGUGAUUUUGCCUGAUGUCAUUAGACCAGGGAGCCAGACCAUGCAACUGAUGGUACUUGAAGACAGCACUCAGUAUUCAGUGUCCACCAUUGGGAAUGCUUUGACAGUGAAGCAGUUGAUUUUCUAUCAUGGAAUGGCCUUAGCUAUUGCUGUUGCUAUCAUCAUAGCAGGAAUUUUAAUAAGAGUUUUCAGUGACCCUAGUUAA